AGAGACAUAUGGGACGUCCUGGCCGCACAACACAAAAAAUCUCUCCAUCCAAGAAACAAAACCGAAGCACCUGCCAUGGCGAUUCACACAGCUGGAAUUAUGUCAAAAGCAAUGGUUCAGGGUUUGGUCUUCCAAAUGUCUGAAUUGAAUUGAGAUAACAGAAAGCAUCGGUGAGAGAGGGAGAGAGAGGGAAAGGAAUAGAUAAGAACAAAAACCAAAGGAUAGCGAGAGCUGAGCGCCGAGAGCUAUUUUGGGCAACCGCAUUGCUUCGACUCAAACUACGCGAACGGUAACCGGAAAGAGCACGGCGCACGAGUUCCCCGCUGACAAUUGAUUAGCUGUGUAUCGUCCACUGAAUAUAUUCCAUGGCUGUUUUUUAUCCUGCAACGUGCCUUUCAAAUGGUUAGUUAGAACCUACGUAUAUAAAAUAUGGUGUUGAUGUGAUACCCAGGGUAACAAACACUACAGGGCAAGAAUGGUCCGUUCCCGAGCGCAGGUGGGUCAAGCGAAGUGGUGGAACAGGGUAUUCAACUGCGAGGACCGGAACAGCGGCGGACCACAGUAAUCCUAGCUACCACAUCUUAAGAGAAUAACCAUGCCGAAGCUUGCCGGGAGUCCCUAUGAUGCUCAAUCGCCUUACAGACUGGAUGUGUAUUGGCGCUUUCAAUAUGUUUGAAAUCGGCAUUUCCAAGUGAAGUUGCCACAUUGAAUGGACGCACGACGCACACACAUAUUUGGAAGAUAUACCGUUUUUCUUUUGGAAAUAAUACUGUCCUCUGGUAUUUGGACCUCUAAUAACCUUUAAGGAUGCCUGUGGCACUCGCCCCUUCCCAGGCGCUGUACAUCGGCAUGGAGGUGGUGAUUGCCGUCUUCUCCGUGUUGGGCAAUGUGAUGGUAGUUUGGGCGGUGAAAAUUAACAAGUCUCUGAGAGACACAACAUUCUGUUUCAUCGUGUCUCUGGCCCUGGCGGACAUCGCAGUGGGAGCGCUCGUCAUCCCCUUGGCGAUAACUAUCAGCAUCGGACUCCAAACUCACUUCUACAGCUGCCUGAUGGUCGCGUGCACCGUGCUGGUGCUGACGCAAAGUUCCAUCCUAGCCCUCCUGGCAAUUGCGAUUGACCGAUAUCUCAGGGUCAAGAUCCCGACCAGCUAUAAGCGUGUGGUGACGAAGCAGCGGGCAGCUGUGGCGGUGGUGGUCUGCUGGACCGUGGCCUUCAUAGUGGGCCUCACCCCGAUGCUGGGAUGGAACAAUCUCUGGAGACUGCAGCAGAACGGCUCGCUGAAAGAUGAUCUGAUCAUCACCUGUCAGUUUGAGAACGUCAUCAGUAUGGACUACAUGGUCUACUUCAACUUCUUCGGCUGGGUGUUGCCUCCAUUACUUCUGAUGCUGCUCAUCUACGCUGAGAUCUUCUACAUGAUCCACAAACAGCUCAAUAAGAAGGCCUGCACCACCAGCCACGCCGACCCCAACCGGUACUACGACAAGGAGCUGAAACUCGCCAAGUCGUUGGCCUUGGUCCUCUUCCUGUUCGCUGUCAGCUGGCUCCCCCUGCACGUCAUCAACUGCAUCACGCUGUUCUGUCCGACCUGCGACAAACCCCUGUUUCUCCUCUACAUCGCCAUCCUGCUCACGCACGGCAACUCGGCCGUCAACCCCAUCGUCUACGCCUUCCGCAUCAAGAAGUUCCGCGACGCCUUCCUGAAAAUAUGGAAGCAGUACUUCUGCUGCAAGGACGGCCCGGCCAUGCUGACCCAGACCAGUGAGAAGGGCAGGAAGGAGGACGACAACCCGAACGGGAACAGGAAUCCCAAGCUGCUGCCGCCGACCGGACCGGCCGAGGUCGAAGCACCCUCCCCUCAGAGCAACGCCCUGCCGCCGAAACCCCCAAUGGAGCACAACAACAUCUAAGUGACCCCCGGAGGAGGCAGAGUUUCUACCCUUCCUUGUUUGCCCCAGGAACGGAAGUCCCGCGCGGAUGUGUCGGCAGAGGGACAGCGGUUGACUGGAUUCGACGGCGUCGUCAUUGUUAUCUUUCAUGAAUGUGUAGCGGCCAG